AUGUGCGAAAUCGGUGAAAUAAAAAAUCUAGCUAGCGCGUCCAGAGAAGAGCAAACUAGAUUCAUCGAGUCAUUCGACCAUGUACUUUCCGAUAUGGACGGUGUGAUAUGGACGGCUUUCAAGGCCUUCCCCGACGCCCCGGAAUGCCUGACGAGAUUGAAGAACCUAGGCAAACGAAUCACCUACGUGACCAACAACACCACCGUCCAAAUCGACGAGAUCCACCGGCUUCUGCAAAGGUUCGAAUUUCCCGGAGACAAACCCGACGUAGUCACACCAUCCAGAGCCUACAUAAAUUACUUAAAAUCGCUGAAAUUCAGCAAAAAGCUCUUCGUCAUCGGCGGAAAGGGGUUGAAAUAUGAGCUGAAACAAGCGGGAUUCGAUUUAGCAGAAACCUCGGCGGUUCCGCUAGACGAGACCCUUCCGGCGCUGAUGGGAGCCCUAACGGACGACGAGGAGGUGGGCGCUGUGAUUGUGGAUUACGAGAUCAAUAUCACCCUGAUGAAAUUGCAAAAAUGUUUGACUUAUUUGAAGAGGCCCGAUUGCUUGUUUAUCAUCGGCACGGCAGACAAAACCUUGCCCUUUCCACGAAAUGGACCGUUAAUAGGUAACCAUUAUUUCGUGAAACUUCUUAGCGAACUCAGCGAGAGAACACCACGACAAAUGGCGAAACCAUCACCAGACUAUAACAGGUUUAUAGUUGAGAACUACUCCAUUUCUAAUCCUAGCAGAGUGCUGUUCAUAGGGGAUUCAAUAGAAGAGGACAUGAAAUUCGCGGGCGUGGGGGGUUACAAGAAGUUGCUGGUGUUGAGCGGCAGCGCCAAGAAGGAUGACGUGGUGAGGUGGACUCGAGGCCAAGACGCCAAACCCGACUAUUACAUCGACAAUUUGGCCGCUCUAAACUUGAUUUUGGGCAUGGCCCAGUCCCGCUCCAACAGAAAAAUCUAA